ACUUAAUGAUAGCAUAACAUGUCUGUUUUAACUUGUGUUCAUGAUAGGGAAAAACAAUAAAAAAUACUUUAUACUUAGUUACGUAAUAUAAACAAUUUGAUUUUUUACCGUGUACAAUGAAAGGAUAUUUUAAAUGCGUCUGACCUAGAAAAAUAUUAACUAAGUUAAAACCAAAACUGAGCUGCAGGAAGUUACACUUCGGGCUAUAAAGUGCACAAAAUAACAAAAUGGCGACAAAAGGAGUUUCAUUUUGUGAGGCCGACUCGACAACAAGUGUUUUUGAAGAGACCGACUUGAAAGAAAGAAUGAGUGAAAUGGAGGCACUAUUGAAUAGACUUGUAACCGGCCAAGGAGAAAUCUUAAAACAGAUGCAGGUACUUGCUCCACCGAAGAAAAAAACACAAAAGCAGCCUUUCAAGAAGAAACCUGAUUUUUCAAAGAGUAGAAGACCAACAAUAAACGAUAUGUCCAUGCUGCAGAAUUUGCCUGAAGCUUUACAGGAACAUAUCGUUCAUUUUACCGAUGAUCUUGUGUUUAAGGAUGUUCUUAGAGACAAAAUUAUUGAAAAAGAUUGUUUAUCCGAGGAAGACUGCGAACAGAUUGACUCUAAACUCACAACGCGAGACCAAACACGACUCCUGAUUAAGAAACUAAAAGAUAGAGGACCCAUCGUUAUUGGAAAUUUUCUUGCUAUUUUGCAAGAGGAUGUGGCAUAUAAACAUUUAGCUGAAAUGGUCAAUGAAUCUAUAAUCCACAUUUCAGAGCAAUAUCGUGAUACCCAGUGUGUUGUUUGUGUUCUGAGGACACAUGUGGAUGUAAAAGAUGUGGGUGACUUACUCUGGAAGAACAGAGUUAUACCAGACAGGGUAUGGGACAGUAUAGUUGAUUUAGACAGCACUUAUUGUAAUCGAAUAAUGAUUUGGGACGAAAUAUUCUUAUGCAUGAAUGCCUGUAAAAACGUUGAUGAAGUGAAAGACAUUCUGAUUGAAUCUAUAGAAAAAAAGUAUCCAGAUGUAACUGAGUUUAUCAAGCAAAUCCCGAGCAAACAGACCAUGUCUUGUUGUUGUUUGCGGCGCAGAUCACUGAGGCAAAAACGGUCUAAUUCGUACGGUAGCACCAGCGAUAUAAGCACCACAUCAGAAAUACCAAGAGGAAACCUUCCGAGUGGAAAUCUGUUUUCCGACUCUGACUCCGCCUUUUCACCUUCGUCGAUGGACCAUCCAACGAAUUUAUUCUUAUUGCAACAUUCGUUUUCUACUAGUCUUCUUGAUCGUUACGACAGUAUAGGAAGCGCGAAAGGCAACGAGGACGUACAAAACACAACAGCUUUGUCUCGAAAUCGCCAUCCAUCAGAGAAGUUUGAUCCACAGGAAAGUUGUGUCAAUGAAGAAAGCGAUAGAUGUCAGAGUUUUGUGAGUCAUUAUGGUGAAGGGCUUCCGAAACAUGUCCCUGAAAAUAUGCUAAACCAAAGGUUUAACAGAAGUAUGAGUAAAACGAGCAAUGCCACUUUACAGGCUCCAAGCUCAGUAUCCGGAAAUGAGUCUUCUAUUGGAGAACACAGAGUUUCUUUGACAUCUGAUGUACGUUCGUCAACAUCGGAUAAAGCAAACAGUCCCGAAGUAGGUAGUCCUAGUCAUUACUUCAACGUAAGAAAAGAAGAACAUCCAAAACUCAACCUAGAUAAUCAAGAUCACGAAACGGACGAUCGUUCUUAUUCAAAUAACUGUAUACAAACUGACAACAGUUAUUGCAAAAGAUCUCAAUCUCCAAAGGAACGCCUAAAAUGCAAGUGCAAUUCUGAAAACGAUGAUGACGUUUUUGUGAAUGUUGAUGAAGACAGCGAUGCUCACCAUGACAUGCCUCGGAAAGUAAGACGACGAAUCAAAAUUAAACGGCUAAAAAUCAAAACUCCUCAAAAUACACCGUUUUCGUGUGGCCAAUUUGUAACACGAUCGAUGUGUAAUGAGGAAAAGGUUGACCCUAAAAUAGGCUUGAAACCACUCGGUGUAAAUAAAAGUAAGAAAGGCGUGAAAAGAGAACUGCGAAGACAAAGGUCUCGUCAAGAAUGUUCAAGAUCAGAUUAACUGUGUGAUAAUUCAGAGAAAAGUCGAGGUCUUAAACAUCAGUACAAUCAAUGGUGGAUACGGUUCCGAGACAAAAAAUUGACCCCCAACUGGGACUUUCAGAGCUGAACAUUCUAUAAGUUAUGUCAACUGAAAGCAAUGACUUUAAAUCAAAACGCAACUUCAGAUACGGACAAUUUGACUUUAACCGAUAGUGAAAUAACAGAUUAUUCUUUGUCAAAUAUGGAAAAGAACUUCUUUCCGAUUUGUCAAUUUUAAAUAAUUGAAUAAGUAACUUCAUUUCUGGUUUUUGAAUGAAAAUACUAUAUUGCAUCUUCGUUUUAUUAAGUUAUCAAUUUAAUUUUGAACAUGACUCCAUAUUAUAAUUAUGUUAUUGAUGUGAGAAAGUUAUA